GGUCGCGCGGGGUGUUCAGCAGAUGUUUGUCUUGCUGCGUCAGUGAACGUACGGGCAAAGUCGACGCUAUCAAAAGCACUUCUACAAAUCCCAUUUUAUCUCAUUUGUUCCCAGUUGUUAGUCCGAGAAUCUAGCAAGAUGGCCCAAACUCAACCCCGCCAGAACUUCCAUGUGGAGAGUGAAGCCGGCAUCAACCGCCAGAUCAAUAUGGAGCUGUACGCCAGCUAUACCUACCAGUCAAUUGGGUUUUACUUCGACCGCGAUGAUGUUGCCCUGCCUGGCUUCAGCAAGUACUUCAAGAAGGCCUCCGAGGAGGAGAGAGAGCACGCUGAGAAGCUGAUGAAGUACCAGAACACCAGAGGAGGUCGCAUCGUCCUGCAGGACAUCAAGAAGCCUGACAGGGACGAGUGGGGCUCAGCUCUGGAAUCCAUGCAGGUGGCCCCCCUGGAGAAGAACGUCAACCAGGCCUUGCUGGACCUCCAUGCCGUCGCCAGCAAACACAGCGACGCGCAGAUGUGCGACUUCCUGGAGAGCGAGUACCUGGAGGAGCAGGUGAAGGCCAUCAAGGAGAUCUCGGACCACAUCACCAACCUGAAGCGGGUCGGGACUGGCCUGGGUGAAUACAUGUACGACAAGGAGUCCAUGGAGUAAUCCCAAGUGGUCACGUGGGCAUAGUCGCACGUGGCAUCACCCAGUCAGCCCUCUUAAGCAGUCAACAUCUCUGCCUGUAAUUCUGGGGCCGUGAGGCCGUCCUUUUAAUUUCAUUCAUAUUCUCGUUGAACAAUGUUUUGUUUCUGUUGAACAAUUUUACAUGUUUUGUUAGGGCUGACAUAACCUGAAAAAACUGAAUAAAAGGGUCAAGUGCAUCGAA